CUUCCUGGCGCCUCCCCAACCUACCCCCGUCCUUGCCGGUCUCUGAAUAAUAUCUUUCCUGCGCUGUUUGUCAGUCUUGGGUAUUUUGAAACUCUAAGAAUAUUUAAUUUGAAUCGACCUUGAAAAUUUGGCCAUUCCUUUGCUAACGAGAACUGAGAAAAACGCUUUCACAACUGAUUGAUGGUCAGAUCUGUCGGUACCCCACGAAAUAAACCCUGAGCGCCAACGGGACCCGCCGGACUUGACCACCAUUUACCAAGUACAAAACAUCUCACACCCGACUACGUACCGACGCAAGGCGUUCAUACUAUCGAGACGUUCGAGCAUUUGUCUACACCUCAAUAACCAUGGCCUCAUCAUCAACACCCCCGACACCUCUUCUUUAUUCGUGCAUCGCGCACAACAGCACAAUCCUCACCGAGUGCACAACGUCGGCAUCGUCGCAGACAUCAUCGCUCGCCUCCCUCGUCCUACCGAAAAUCACGCACACUUCUCCGCAGAAGCUGACGUACACACAUGGCGCUCACCACAUACACUACAUCGCCGAGGCGCCCUCGGACCAUGGCCCGCACGCCGCCAGUGCGGGCGGCCUGACCUUCCUGGUCAUUGCCGACUCGUCGGUGGGCCGCAGCGUACCAUUUGGCUACCUGUUUGAGAUCCGACGUCGCUUCCUGGAGGAUUACCCGCCUGACUCGACCGACUUUGCCGACCUGCCCAAUUACGGCGCCGCUAGCUUCAACGGCGAGCUGCGCCGGCUAAUGGUUGAGAUUGGGAGCACGCGCCAGGGCCGAGACGACGCCGUACAGAACGCUCAGCGCGAGAUCGACGAUGUUCGGGGCAUAAUGACGCGUAACAUUGAGGGUCUACUUGAGCGCGGCGAACGUAUCGACCUGCUGGUCGACAAAACGGACCGGCUCGGCGGCUCGGCUCGCGAGUUCCGCGUGCGUAGCCGUGGGCUCAAGCGUCAAAUGUGGUGGAAAAAUGUCAAACUCAUGGGCUUGCUUGGUCUUGUCAUGUUUUUGAUAUUGUUGACCAUCAUUAUUGCAGUGAAAAACUCAUGAUAUGGGAAGUCUUUUCGCCAAGUUAAGACUAUAUCGACUUCUGCUUGUUUUUCACAGGGAGUUUUUCAUUGUCACCACCAUUUGUAUUUCUGAGGCGCGCGCGAUUCAUUGACCGUCAACUUCCACGCAUUUCCUUUGUCCUAGGGCUCGAUAAAUAGCCAACGAGCAUGCUGAGGUAACAGUACCAGUGCUCAUCUGGUAUUAUCUUUUUGAAUGUUGAUAUCCGAACUGUUCCACCAUGCGGCUUUAUGAAGCGCACUGGUUUUCCUUUUUUUUUUUUUGUCUACUCUCUCUCUCUCUUUUUUCGUUUCAUUAUGAUCAAGGUUGUUGCAUACGUUUCUCUCGUCUCUUGUGUAUGUACAAAUCCCGGUGCAGCCCAGUUGGGUAAUUAUUUCUAAUAAGAAAAAAAAAGAAAAAAAGUGCCAUGUGAAGAUUCAUUGACGGCUUUCCCGUAAGUGAGCACUGACAUGGCAUAGUAGUCAUGGGCGAGAAAACACCAUUAAUUACUUCCGGGCUUAAUGUCUACUUUGCACUUGGGUCUGAGGCAGAUGUCGAUUGUUGCCGCAAACCAUUAAAUAACCAAUGAACAUGAAAGAAGAGAAAAAAGAAAAAGAAAGGAGAAUUGAAAUUGAGCAAAAUCAAGCAUUGCCGCCCCAUUUGAGAAAAGGAAUCAAAAUCAAAAACAUAACCAAUUUGUCCACCGACAAAAAGGCCGUCAUAGCCUGGGUGACAUGGGGCCACCGCCCUGCCGCAGCGAGUCUUGGAAUAUGAAACCCUGUGCCACCGGGCUGUGCUGCUGCUGAGCAGACGGGACGGCGCCGCUGUGAACCGGACGCCACUGCCUCGUUGUGAAAAAGACGGGGUGCCGGGACGCAGGGUCGUUGGCGUAAAGUGCCGCAUUGCCGCCGCCGCCGCCGCCGCCGUGGAGAGCCGCCGAGAUGCCACCGCUACCGGCCGACGGGCGUGGAGAUGCCGCUGCGGCUGCCAUGUGACGAUUCGUUGACAUGUGCCCUAGGGUUGCAGGAAAGCCUGUACUGUUUUGCGGUUUGCGGUUUGGGUUUUUUUUUUUUUUUUGUCUUUUCUUUCUUUGAUAAAUGCGA